AUGUCUGAGGAUACUAUUCUAGGGUCAGAACCGCUGGACUUCCCCACAAAACCCCUCACAUUCCUGGCCUGGCCUCUCCCUCCGUUCGCACCCCCCUCCCCCCCUGAGAGCUAUCCGUGGCUGGGGAUAGGGUGUCUGCGGGACGGCCGUACAAUCGCGCCACUCACGGCUUAUUCUUCUCCCCUUUCUGCAAAUGAAAGAGUCUUUUUAGGCCCAAUCUCCUGCGGCAGCUCAAUCCUCCGCCACGCAGACAGAAUGGAGCUUUCUCUUAGCGCCGAAGCCUCGUCUCCACCGGGCCGUGCGCUCCCUGUAAGCCGCCGCAAAUCCGCUCAGCAGUUCUGUGUGUGUGAGGUCCGCGCCGUUCUCCGAGAAAUCUCCCAGAAUGAUUCAGCCUUUUUUUUUUUAGGAAAGGCCGCUCUGAGGAACCAGAUCACAGCUCUGCAACAGGAGCUGCAGCAGGAGCAGCAGGAGAAGGAGUCACUGAGGAGUCAGGUGACCCAACUCCAGUCAGAUCUGAGUGAGAGAGACCAAGCCACAGUCACAGCCCAGAGACAUGUGGAGCAGUUAGAGACAGAGACGCAGAAGCUGUCAACAACAAUGGACUCUCUCACGUCUGCCCUGAACCAGGAGAAGAGUCUCACCAGUGAAGCUGAGCGCAAACUGCAGGAGAAGGAGAGAGAGACGCACGAGCUGAAGAUACAAGUGUCCGCCCUAAGAUCUGCCCUGGACCAGGAGAAGCAGGCCACCAGAGAGGCCCAGACCUCCCAGACUGCUCUGCUGCAGCUGGUAGAGGAGCUCCAAGAGAAGCUUCAGACUGGACAGGAGCAGAUACAGGCCUUCAAAGCACAGUGUGAGAAUGUCCAGAAUGAGCACAACAAGGAGCUGGAGGACAAAGAGUGUGAGAUCCAUCAUCUGAAACAACAGAAGGCUUAUGCUUUUUCUGCACAAGUGGAGGAAGCCCGAGAAGAUGUGUGGGCAGAGAUCGCAGACCUUAAAGUCGCCAACUUUGACCUUGAGGUGACCGAGCUCAGACAGGUCCUGCUCGAUGAGAAACAAGAGACUGAGAAUUUGUGGAGUAAGGAGGAGGAACUAAAGAGCAACAAUAUGAAAAUACUACGGAACGUCCUGCCUGCAACAGAGACGUCAAAGAAAGUCCUCACGGAGAAGCUUCAGCAGCUCCACCGAGAACAGCUGUGUUCAGAGAAACAGAGCUGGCUGAUCCUGGAGCAGCAGGUGCAGAAGCUGUCUGAGGACCUGACCUCCUCUCAGGACUACAACACUGCUCUGGAGCUCCAGGUUCAUGAGCUCCAGGACAAAGUCAACGGGCUGCACAAGAAGAAGAGGAGGAGGAGUUGGUGGUGUUUCUAA